AGAACGACAAAGUAUCGACUUCAAAAAGAUAGAUGUUCAUGUUCACCGAUUGAAGGGCGACGAACUCCGGAUUUUGCAUUAUACGAGCAUAGGGGCAAAGAGAGUUAAAAAUGAUCGCAUUCCUUUCCGCAGACUUCGCGAGAUACGGAACAUUGAAGG